AAGAAGAACAUAUAUUCGUUGAUAAUCAAUUUAAAACUAGGCGUCAUAUGACUGCUGGGGAUGGUAGAAUUGGUUCUCAUAUAAAACUAGUGGUUAAAAUUCGUUUGGAUCAAAAUACCCUUCCUAACAACUGCACCUGGGAUCAUCCAAAAAAGAGAAGUGCACUUGAGCCUUUAACUCGUUUAACAAAUGACUCAAGUUUGAUUCAAAGAGCUUGUGAGAAUAGAGAGCUACUCUAUUCACUAACAGCUAGCACAGCUAGGCCUAUUUGCAGCAUUUCAAAUUUUCAAGCCAAGGGCAAUCUCGGUCUUGGUCUAGAAUUUGGCCGGUCUUUUGGUCCUGAAUUUGACAAAGCCAAUCUUGAGUGGUCCUAAUUAUAACCUGCCUAGUGGCCAUGUGUAAUUAACAAUUAAUUUUAAGUAUAUCUUUACAUACAUCCCAUAAAAGAAAAGUAAAAUUGAUAAUUAAAA